UCAGACGUACGAAGAACGUUUCUCGUUUUUGCACGUUUUUGCUAAGUAUACUAAUUGUUAAUUGUUCGAAUACACGAUGGAGAAUCAAAAUCCACAGGCUGUCAAGAGUAAUAAUCCCGCACCGACGGUGGAACAGAUCAACGCUGACAGGAUUACUCAGCUUGCGAAUAAAUAUUGGGCGCCACACACUACAGAUACGCAUUUACCGUUCAAGUCUCAGGUAGUGGAAGAUAUUUACGUACAGGAAAUAUGCACAUCCAAGUUCUCCAUUCGAAGGAUCAUGAUGUUGGAGUUCAGUCAGUACCUGGAGAAUUUUUUGUGGCUCAACUAUGACGCGAAGAAUGCCAAACGAGCACACACCAUGUCCAUCGUUGUUAUGGUGAACGAAAAGUUCAGAGAAAGAGUGCAAGUUUGGGAAGCGUUUGAAAAGAAUCCAACUCAUUUUGCUGGAUUCUUUCAAAACGUUCUAGAAGCAUGCCUAGAAGAAAGCAUAGCAGACUUUGAAUUGAAGGAGCAAACAGCAUUGAUAGUGUUUCUGAACCACUGUUUUAAUUCGAUGGAAGUAUCGUUGGUUAGAGAGGAAGUGAAGAGAUUGGUGUCGCUGUCUAUGUGGAUCUCCUUGCAACAAGGCAGAAGGGAAUUGGAAUUUAGGAAGUAUCCAAAGUGGAGGAAGUAUUGGAAAAUUAUUAGAAAGAAGGAUAACCCAGAACAUAAGGAGAGACUUGAAUGGGAACGUAGAUUCUUGCACAAAUUGAUGAUCAAAUUUAUGACAAUACUGGAGACAAUUCCUGCUGAAGGAAUUGUAUUAGCAGACAAAGUGCGUUACUGUGAAAGGUUCCUGGAACUGAUUAUCGACCUGGAAGCCUUACUACCUACUAGACGUUUCUUCAACACCGUCAUGGAUGACAAUCAUCUGGUAGUGCGUUGUCAGCUGUCCAAUCUGCUACAUCGUCCAGAGGGCAGUUUGUUUGGUCAGCUUCUGGAGAUGCUGAAGUUCUACGCCCGAUUCGAGAUCAGCGAGGAAACCGGUAACCCUUUGACGGAUCACGAUAUGACACAGUUGCAUUACGCUAAAAUUACGUCUCUUCAGAAUGCGGUCUUCGCAAAAUUCCCGGAUCUACGAAGCUUCGCGUUGGCCAACGUAGCCAGCGUCGACGUCAGAGACGCUCUCUACAAGCACUUUGGUUCACUCAGCCAAGAGAAACUGAGAGGCAUCGCAAGUUAUUUAAAUUUAGUGCCGCCCGAGGAACGCGAGAAGGAUGAGAAUUGGUAUCGCUUGGAUAUAGAUUUCCUGCGUGAACUUUUGAUAUCUCGACACGAGCGUAGGCCGUCGCAACUCGAGGAGCUGAAUGAGAUGCCACUUUAUCCAACCGAGGACAUCAUCUGGAACGAGAGCGUCGUCCCAACCGAAUACUUUUCCGGCGAGGACUGUUUGGCUCUGCCGAAAUUGAACCUUCAGUUCCUCACGUUGCACGAUUACCUGCUGCGCAACUUCAAUUUGUUCCGGUUAGAGUCUACGUACGAGAUACGACAAGAUAUCGAGGAUGCCGUCAGCAGACUAAGUCCUUGGCGAGCCGAAGACGGCGGCGUUUACUUCGGCGGAUGGGCCAGGAUGGCUCAACCGAUCACACAGUUCGCGGUGGUCGAAGUGGCCAAGCCCAACGUGGGCGAGAACAAGCCGUCUAGGGUGCGGGCUGACAUCACGAUCAAUCUCAGCGUUCGCAAAGAGAUCAAAACCGAGUGGGAGAAUCUCCGUAAGCACGAUGUGUGCUUCCUCAUCACGGUCAAACCUCCAAAUCCUAUCGGCACCAAAUACAGCCACAAGCUUCCCUUCGUGCCCCAAGUGGGUCUAACCACGGUGCGCGGUUGUGAGGUUGAAGGCAUGCUCGAUUCGAAUGGCAGAGUGAUAGAGGAUGGCCCGGAACCUAGGCCAAUUUUACCAGGCGACUCUCGGACCUACAGAGUCUGGUUGGACUGCAAUCAAUAUCGAAUAGACAUGGACAACGCCAGUCAUGGCGGUGACGAUGUCUACGAGGGAUUCAAUAUUAUAAUGAGACGUAAGCCCAAGGAGAAUAACUUCAAGGCGGUGUUAGAGACGAUUAGAGAGCUCAUGAAUACCGAAUGCGUCGUUCCGGACUGGCUGCACGAUAUCAUUCUCGGAUACGGCGAUCCCGGUGCAGCCUGCUAUUCGAGAAUGCCGGACGAGAUCGCGACGAUGGAUUUCAAUGAUACGUUCCUCGAUAUAGACCAUCUGCGAGCGAGUUUUCCUCAAUACGAUAUCAAGACAAAUUCCGAGGAUGAGAAGAAUCUCGUGCGACCGUUCAAAUUGAUUUUUGAGGAUGUCCUGGCGAAGCGUAACAAUGAAUCCGCAAAGAUCAUCAAGGUCAAACCGCACGUGCCACCCAGCCGAGGUCCGUACAGAGCGAAUGAACCAAAGAAAAACCAAAUCCCUUUCACGCCGACGCAAGUUGAAGCUAUUCGAGCUGGAAUGCAACCAGGCCUAACGUUGGUGGUCGGUCCGCCCGGUACCGGCAAAACAGACGUCGCCGUACAGAUCAUCUCGAAUUUGUAUCAUAAUUUCCCGAAUCAACGAACGCUAAUCGUCACUCACUCCAAUCAAGCGCUCAAUCAGCUAUUCGAGAAGAUCAUGGCGUUAGACAUCGACGAAAGGCAUCUUCUGCGUCUCGGUCACGGAGAGGAAGCUUUGGAAACCGAGAAGGAUUUCAGUCGUUAUGGUAGAGUCAACUAUGUUCUUGCUAAGCGUUUGGAUCUGCUUCUGGAGGUUCAGCGGUUACAGGAAUCGCUGAACGUGAAGGGCGACGUCGCGUAUACUUGUGAGACGGCGGGAUAUUUCUUCAUGUAUCAGAUAUCCACGAGAUGGGAUCGUUUCGAAGCCAGGAUCAAGCAGCGGCAGAGCGUGAGCGAAAAGUCCGAUUUGGCUUCCAUAGUUGAUGAGGAGUUUCCAUUCCACAAGUUCUUCGAUAACGCGCCACAACCGCUGUUCAAGCGCAAUAGUUAUGAGGAAGAUCUCAAGAUUGCAUGCAGCUGUUACCGGUAUAUCGAAAGGAUAUUCGCACAACUGGAAGAGUUCCGCGCAUUUGAAUUGUUGAGAUCCGGUCUUGACAGAUCAAAAUAUCUACUCGUAAAAGAGGCCAAGGUUAUCGCUAUGACUUGCACACACGCAGCGCUUAAGAGACGCGAGCUUGUCGACAUGGGCUUCAAGUAUGACAACAUUCUAAUGGAGGAGUCAGCGCAGAUCUUGGAGAUCGAGACCUUCAUACCGUUGCUGUUGCAAAAUCCUCAGGACGGCUACAAUCGCCUGAAGCGAUGGAUCAUGAUAGGCGAUCACCACCAACUGCCGCCCGUCAUCAAGAAUAUGGCUUUUCAGAAGUACUCGAAUAUGGAGCAAUCGUUGUUCGCGCGUUUCGUGCGAUUGGGUGUUCCCACGGUCGACCUGGACGGCCAAGGUCGUGCCAGGCCUAGCAUCUGUAAUCUCUAUAAUUGGCGCUACAAGAAAUUGGGCAAUCUGGCGCACGUGGAACGUAGCCCCGAGUACCUGGUGGCGAACGCCGGCUUUCUGUACGACUUCCAACUGGUCAAUGUCGAGGACUUCAACGGUGUCGGUGAAAGCGAGCCGAGCGCUUACUUCUACCAGAAUCUCGCCGAGGCCGAGUAUUGUGUCGCGGUGUUCAUGUACAUGCGUCUGCUGGGUUAUCCGGCCGACAAGAUCAGCAUAUUGACUACCUACAACGGCCAGAAGCAUCUCAUAAGGGACGUGAUUAACAUCCGAUGCGCGAACAAUCCGCUGAUUGGUCGGCCCAACAAAGUGACUACCGUCGACAAAUAUCAGGGUCAACAGAACGACUACAUCUUGUUAUCCCUGGUGAAGACACGCGCGGUCGGUCAUCUGAGGGACGCGAGGCGUCUAGUGGUGGCGAUGUCGCGCGCCCGUCUCGGCCUCUACGUCUUCGCCCGUGUGUCCCUUUUCAAGAACUGCUUCGAGCUGACGCCGGCGUUUGAUCAGCUGAUGCAGAGACCGUUGAAGCUGCAGCUGCUACCACAGGAGGUCUAUCCUACCGAGCGGCCAAACGAGGCCGUGCCUUCGACGGUUCCGAUGGAGAUCGAGGAUAUGCCGCAUAUGGCCAAGUUCGUCUACGAUUAUUACAUGGAGAAAGUCAGCGGCAUGAAGGAGUCGCAAAAGAUGUGGCAGAAGCCAGGAACCAUGCAGACCACGAGCAACCGGCUGCACAAAACCCCUGCCCACCCCGGAGCCGACGACGAUACCGACGACGACGACGACGACGACGACGACGACGACGACGACGGCGACAAAGAAGAAGAAGAACAAAGUAAACCCAAAACGCAAGAAACUGCAGAAGAAACGACAGAGACCAAGUACGAGCCAAUCAAGAAUUUAGUUGAAGAUCCACCGAGCGAGGCUGAGGAAGACGCUGCUUGAGCAGCGAGACACAUCGCGACGUUACUUGUGCGUGUGCUAAGACUGACACUAAACUGGAAAACGCACCGUUUACAAAAAUCGAACAAUCAGUUAUAUAAUUUGAAGCUAGAAGAAGCAGCUUUCACUUCCAAUAUUGAGAUGUCAAUACGCAUCUCGAUCAUCGAGAGCUAGCUCUGCCAGCGUUCGAUUCUUACUAAGAAUAUGUAUUUUAUUAUUGCAGAUCAUCGUUUUACUGUACAAUAGUAGACUCUUCGUACGUGACGUAUUAAAAUAAACUAUUAUUUUUACAAG